AUUGUCCCAUUAACGGCAACGAUAACAUUAACGUUUUAAAAGUACGUUUUUAUACAGCUAUGUUCAUACAGUUAUUAAAAAAAAUAACAAAGAAUGUCAUUGUUGUGAGAAUAUAUCAGAAGAAAUUUUUUUAAAUAAAAACAAUGACAGCUGAGAUGCCAAUAAAUUUUUGUUAAAAUAACAAGGAAUAAAUUAAUUAAUAAAUAUUAAAACACAAGCAUUUCAUUAUAAAAUUUAAUUCGACAAGAAGAAGGAAGCUAUAAAAAUGUCUGGAUUAAUUGAUAAAAGAAAACGCAGUCGUGAAGAUGAUGUAUUGUGUGAAUCAACACCAUUGUCUAAACGUAUUAAUAAUUUGCACUUAUCUAAUUUUGAAGAGGCUCAAUAUAAUCAACAACUACAAAACACUCAUGCACAUCACAACAACAAUCACUUGCAACACUUAACCAAAGAUAUGAUGACGGCAGAAUCUUCUGCUCUGAAACCUAUGACUGCCGAUAAAAAUUUGUAUGAACCAGAACUAGAUGAAUCUCAGAAUCCGUUUUAUUAUGUAAAAAAUAAACUAUUACACGAUUUACAUUUGGAACGCAUGAAAAGAUGUGCGGUAUAAAAAUGCAAACAUAGCAGCUAUUGAAUAUUAUUUUGCACUAUGGUAAUUUUUUAUAAUCCUAAUGAGUGUAGUCGAUUAAUAAAUGAUGUUUUUGAAGGAGUUAUAUAUAAGAUGUUAUGAAUAAUUUAUGUUAUUUCUAUAUAUUAUACUUAAAUCUUUUUUUCAUAUAUUUAUUAUUACAAAAUAAUUUUUAGUUUAGUUAUUAAAAGAAAACAUUGAAUGAAAAUAUAUUUUAUUUGAAAUAAAACUUUUCAUGAGUCACUACUAUAAAA